CAGUUGUUAGCGUUAUUAACGUUUUUAAGACCGUGAAUGAGGACGCAAUAAGAAUUUCUACCACUACAAGAGAACAAUACAUGCCAUAUCAACAUGCAAUUUCUUAUGUUGUGGCUGACAAUCACGCCAUAGCG